AGCUAUGUGGAAAUAAAAGUCGGUCUCCCUCUAAUUAAUAGAUGCAAAUGUGCAUAUGAAUUUUUGGGCGACGUGCGAAAAGUGGCUUACGCUUAUGAAUUGCUGACGUUAGCUGGGGAUUUCCAAUUGCAAGAAACACAAAAGGCCAAACUCCUCACACACACACACACACACUCACACAGCUCGGCAGCAGCAUGCAGUUUCGACAACAGCCGCAAAGUAUGCUAUGGAAAAUUGCAUUUCUAAUUAUCGCAUUAGCCGGCGACGUGUCGUGCAUAAGAAAUGGCGACGGAAAUGACGAGCAGAAACACAUUUCCGCAAAGCUGAAAAACUUUUUCCCCUCGGAGCCAAUGAUUGAGGUGACCGCCAUUGCUGCACAGUCCUCCCAGACGUCCGCCCGGGUAACGAACGGCGGUUUUCGACCCUCACAGAUGCUUGAAUUUACGCCCUCGGAUGUGAUGCACGGUGGCAUACAGCGUUAUCCUCCCAGUUAUUUGGAGCCCAACUACAAGCAUCAAGUGCCCAGCUCCUUGGCCAACCUAAAUUCGCAACAGACGGCGAUGGACAAGCAGUUCUCCUUUCCAGACGAGACCAGACCACAACAGCAGACCUCUUUCCAUAGCUAUGCCAGCACCCAAAUACCCACCACACCGGUGGUCAGCUAUUUGGAUCCCUUUACACAGCAAAACUAUCGCUACACGCCUACGGUCACGCCCACGGCCACACAGGCUACGCCCAGCUACAUUCAGUAUCAACGCGAACAGCCCGAGGAGCAGGGGGAUCAGGUCUACACGGUGCAAUCGUCGCUGCUCGUAGGCAGCCACGCGCCGCAACAUUCACGCCCCGUUGCUGCGGACGAAGUGUACUUGAAGCGGCCCGGCUAUGUCUUCGAUGAGAGCCCCACGACGCUCUAUCGCCGACCUGUGACAGCACCCACAGCUUCCACAGCGAAUAAAAUUUCAUACGAUUCGCAUGAUUACCCGCCGCCCAGCUAUGCCACACAGCAGACAUCCAACUUUGUGCCACAGCAAUCCCAGCAGCAGCCGCAGCAACAAACCCAGUCUCAGGGACCCCGCGAGCACCAUCGGCCGCCUUACAAUCGCCAAGAUGUCAAUGACAACCGACCAUUGGCAGCCGGCUCAUCGAUAUAUGUGCCGAAGCCGCAAUACACGCAGUCGUCUAAUUACGCAAACAACUUUGGUAAUUAUUUGCAGAGACCUCCCAGUUACCCUGCCCACUCGCACUCUCCCUCGCAGUCGCAGUCGGAAUACAAACCCACGCACUAUCAGUAUGAGCCGCUGCCUCAGCGGCCGCUGUCUCAACAGCAGCGACCGGGACACAAUUACUAUGAGUAUCAAAUUGGCGAGAUACCACCCCAGCCGCAGUUCAGUUAUCGUCCUGGUCCGUCGCCUGGCUAUCGACCGCCUUACCAGCAGCCAGCGGCAGCAGCAGGGGCUGGAGCUGGUGGCUUGGCCACUCUAGCGUCGCUGCUGAGCUCGACGCAACAAUAUGCGCCACAGUUUACAAAUCUGCUUUUGGGCGGUGGCGGUGGUGGAGCAUCAUCCUCUUCCUCCAGCAGCAGCAGCCCAUUAGGCAGUCUCUUAGGCGCUUUCGCCGACACGCAAAGCACGGGGCAGCACGCCCGACCGCCCAACACACAACUCAUUAGAGCCCUGGAGAACAUCGCACGCAACGACGAUUUGCAGUGUGUGCCCAAGGUGCUCUGCCAGAUGAUUGCCGGUCAAACGUUACGUGGCCAACUGCCAGGCUUCAUUACAUCGCCUGCCAUAACCAACUUCUUAGCUGGCUUCCCAGUCGCCUCGCCAGCUCUCAUUUAUGGACGCGCUGCGUUGCUUGGAAUUAGCGGGGGCGAACGAAGCUGUGUUCAGACCUAUGAAAAAUGCCCAAAGAAUGAGAUGGAAAUCAUUCACUAUCUGAACAAUCAUCGCGGCGGGUUUUUUAAGUUCUUCAGCGAGCCGGAAGAGCAACAAACUGUAGCACAACAAAGCGAAUCUGGCGGAGGCUCAUUGUUCAGCAUACUCGCUGCCCUGACGGGCGGCGGGCAGGAACAGGGGCUGGGUCAGGUGACGCGCACAACGCCUCGGCCUGUGCCGCGACCCACACAAAGACCCAGUACGGACAUUGCCGAUGGCAUCGGCAGCUUCUUUACCCGAGUGCUGUCCGAGUAUUUAAGCGGCGUGGAGUAUCAAAGACGUCGCCGAAGGAGAAGGAGUCUGUUGCCAACGGAAAUUAAACGCAACAUUCAGACGGAUAAUGGCCGCUUGAUGCCCGUUGAUUUUCACGAUGAAGAAGAUGACUUGGAUACCCAGACACCAGUCAAGUUUCAAGAUGAUGACGAGGCGGAGGCAGCCCAGGCACACACCGAGCUGAUAGGUGUGCUGCAAUUUCCCGAAGACCAGGUUGAGGGCGAGGGUCGCAUACUGCACUUCAAAAACGAAGAAGGCGCCGAGCAUCAUGACAACGGAGCUGUGCGAUUUCCGGAUGCCACGCCGGAAGCUCUGCGCGACAGCGAGCGAAAAGUUAUCUACGAAUUCAAUCGAGAUGCAGCUCAACGUAAAUUGAGAUUUCCCCAAGACCAAAGCGAAAGCGAGCGGCAGGCCAAGAAGUUGCAACUGGCCGAGGGUUGGACAGCUGUGCUGCCCAACGGACUUGGCGAGGAAGAUUACGGCGUUGAGAAGAGGCGUGGCAAGCGAAUUGUUUUCAAGGAUACCAAUGAGGAGCUCGAGGACUUUGAUAAGCUGCUUAGAGAAGAGCAAGUGCAGGAGUACAGAGAGGAAGAGGAACGAUUCAGAGAAAAACAGUUUAGAGAAGAACAACAAACGGAGCCACAUACACCACCAAAUGCUGUAUAUGAGGAUGCAGCACCACCUCAACGCGGCGCCAGAGUCCUAUUUCCCGAUCAUUACGAGCGUCACAUACGCAGAGGUAAGAUCCUGAACCGACCCACCUAUGCGCCCAGCUACGAGUACAAUGAUAGGGGCGAACAGAAAGAGCAACGUUUGGUGGUCAGUGAUGAGCAUAGACCGAGUUCCUAUUAUCGUCUGGAGACGGAGACAUCAGCAGACUAUCAGGCAAGUCACAGUCAAAGUUUUAUGAACUAUGGCGAAUACCUGCCGGGGAAUACCGUGCGAUUCGUCGAGUCGCUUGACAAACCCAGCUAUAAUGCUCAGUACAACUAUCCGAAUGCGAACUAUAUAAGCGACAACCGAUAUAGCAGCGCUUACCAGACUACCUCGACGAGGAGACCCAAACACGAGGAUGAUAGAAAUAUAUAUGUAACUAAUUCACAAGGUGUAAACGAGUAUUACAUAAGGCCCGACGGACGCAAGGUGUAUCUGGGCAGCGGUUAAAUUUCUAGAGUGUAUAUACGUCAGACGAGAGGCAAGUUCCCAUUAGCUUAAGGCCUGUAAAUAAUUGUUAUCGCUUAAAUGCCUUUAAAUAUUUAUUAAAUACUUUU